UUGAGACUUCAUUGUGAUAAGCUGGUAAUGUAUCUGUAUUCAUAGUUUGUACAAACAAUAAUUUACUGACAUGGAGCUCUCAGUGGCAGUUGUUAAAGAACUCGCAGAACAACUAACCUCUAAACAAAGCCACGUUAAUGUGGAUGAUGUCAUCCAAAAGCUUUUCCAGGAGGUGUCAGGAGACAGUUCAUUUGGACCACUGGAUCCUCAGAUGGAGGACACAGCCAUACAGCUGUGGAACUGGGCAGUGACUAAGAGAGUGGGCCCAGAAAUAACUGAAGAGCAGAGGGCAAAAGUGCGUCAUGUGGCGUGUAAGUUGGUGCAUUCAUGUGGACAGGAGAAUCCAUCAGAAAGCGCCAUCCGCAAGCAAAUCCUGAUGACAAGCAAAACUGGCAGGACAUGGCUUGACUGUAAAAAGCCCAAGUUGGCAGAUGUGUUCCUCGACCUGGCUGUUAAGACCCUGGAGACACUUUACAGCAGAUUAAUAUCCCGUGGAGAUGGAGCCUCAGAUAUCAACAUGCCCAAAGCGGAUGUAGAGAAGGACCUGCUGCGGGUGCUGUCUUAUCAAGCUGAAUCUGCUAUCGCUCAGGAAAGACAUCAGGAGGCUGUUGCGUGUAUGCAGCGCUGUAGAGAGAUGCUGCAACGUCUGCCCAAAGAGACUGGCUAUCUGUCUCUGAUGUGUUACAACUUUGGAGUUGACGCCUACAAUCAAAGGAAAUAUGAGGAAAGUUCCUUUUGGUUGAGUCAGAGUUAUGACAUCGGUAAAAUGAAUGCUAAGUAUUCGCCAGGAUCUGAAGUGCAAGCCAAAGUCCUGAGGCUCCUUGCAACAGUGUAUGUUGAGUGGGAUUGUCAGCAGUUUAAGGAAAAAGCUCUGAGUGCCAUCAGCUUAGCCAAUAAGGAUUGCAGCUAUCCCUCUGGACUUUACCUGAAGAUCCGCAUCCUGCUGAGGAGUGCCGCUCCUGAUGAGCAGGUCAGAGCCGGACUCACAGAGCUCAUGGAGUCUGAGGUUACUCUUGAAGUGUGUUUAAGUGCCGUUAGACUGCUGAUGGGAGAGGACAGAGAGCAGCUUGCCUUUGACUUCCUGAAGAGGGUGUGUGAGUGCUUCACGUCGUCCCCUGAGCUGGGCUCGGCCCUGGUGCUCCACAUCCAGCUGCUGCUGCAGAGGGGCAAGGAGCUGCUGGGCAAGCAGAAGAUUGAGGACGUCAUCACAGGUCACUACACAGGGCAGCCGCUCACGUCGCAGACUCUCACCUCCCUCCACCUGCUGCUGUGGGAUCGAGCCUUCACGCACUUUGAGACCAAGAACUACACAGAGGCCUUACAGUGGUAUGACUACUCUCUGAGUUUCUACAAGCGGGGGCAGCUUGAUCCCAAUCUGGCCAAACUGCAAAGGAACCGAGCUUCCUGCUUUCUCAAUCUCCAACAGCUGGAGAAGGCGAAAGAGGCGGCAACAGAGGCUACCAGAUGUGACCCAAACAGCAUCUUCAGCCACUUCAGCAUUUACAAGAUCGCCAUUCUGGAGAACAAUGUGGAUCAAGCCACCCAGGCGGUGAAGGAGAUAGCGCUGCUGGCCCAGGCCCCUGUGAGCAGUGAGGAGCGGGUGCUGCUGAAGGAGAACGCUGCUGCCACCCUGCUCAGCCUGGCGGCUCAGAUGGCCCUGGAGAACGAGCAGCAGGAAACGGCCAUGAAGGCCCUGGAGAGUCUGUGUGAACACUCACAGGAUGCAACGCAAGUGCUCACUGCCCUGAGGUGUUUAGUCAGACUUGUGCUGUCAACAAUGGAGAACACCACUGAGGACAGAAGGAAUGGCAGCUUGGAUAUGCUGCUGUCCUAUCUGAAAAUGGCCCAGCAGAGAGUGUCCACGCUGAUGACGGGGACGCAGCGCUCAGACCAGGCCCACUGGUUCAGGAGGAUCGCCUGGAACUGUGCACUGCAGUGUGAGAGCGCUCCAAUCAGGAUGAAGGAUUUCUUUGCGAUGUCUUAUCAGCUGUCGCUGCUGUGUCCCGUGGAGAAAGGCGUGCUGAUGGCUCAGAAGACCUGCCUGCUGAUGGCCGCCGCUGCUGCUCUGGAGCUGUGCAGAAGCACCCCCCACUCCCCACAGCAGCCUGAGCUGCUGGCUGAGGUCCUAGAGCACAUUCAGAUCUGCUGGAACGUGUGGAACACACUCAAAACAUCAGGAGAUUUCUCCAAGGACCCAACGGAGGCGCUGCUUCUCCUGUAUGAGUUUGAAGCUCGCGCAAAGUUGAACGACCCCAAGCUCGACACGGUGCUGGAAUCUGUGCUUGAGCUUGAGAAUGUUGACUCAAAAAUCCUUGAGACCGUCGCUGCUCUGGCCAUGGAACCGCCGGCACACUUCCCCGUCCUGUGCAAGAAGGCCCUGCGCAACGCCCUCUCUCUCCACAGGAGGCAGCCACGGGCAGACCUGGCACGCUGCAGUCAGUGUAUCCACAGCCUGAUCGAACUGUCGCUGCCGCGUGGGGUGUGUGAGGUGGAGGCCCGUGUGCUGGAGGAGGUCUGGGGCUACUACGAGGAAGCCCAGGCCAUCAUCAACAGCGCUCCGGAGGACUCGACGGAGUUGGAGGUGCUGUGGCUGCUGACGCGGGCCUGGAACACGGGCAUCCUGCUGUACAGCCUGGCCCAGUACCCCGAGGCCGAGAAGUGGUGCGGUCUGGGGAUGAGUUUCCUGCGCCACCUGGGCUCCCUGCAGGAGAGCUAUCAGACGCAGAUGUCUGGCCUGUACAGUGAGGUGCUAGAGCGGCUGGAUAAAGCCAAGAGAAACCUCAACAUGGAGGAGUGAGCCUGCGGGAAGAGCUGUGCUAAUGUAAUUGUAUUUAUUUAUUUAUUCAUUUAUUGUGUGCAUGUAAAGUGCUGUACAGAGUAAUAUGUUUAAAUGUUUUGAUAGUUAAGUUUUGUAUUGAUGGGAUCGGCCCUUAAUUUAAACCGAUAUUUUACACACCACAAGAUUUCAACUGAAUACAUUGGUAAGAGCUUAA